UAGAGUUUGCUAAUAUUACAUAAACUAAGUCAUGCAUUUUGCUUGUUCUUUAUAUUUCAGAGGGAGAGUUUUGAAGAAAAGUGGGUACAGGUUUGACAAACCCAAACAGAAGAGAAACAGAAAAGGAAAGAAAAGGAACAACAGUUUCAGUGGGAACUCCCCUGCAGCCUUAGGUCACCUUGCACCAGGAGGUCAGGGCCUGUCUCAGAGUGAGGGGGAAGGUUUCGAAGAGACCAAGAGAGAACCAGGGCAUCGCUUUGCUGGCGGCCUGCAGAAUGAAGCAGCGGAUUGUGUAGAUGGCUCUGAAGAGCAAAGCUGGGAAGACAGGGAGAACUCAAACAGUUUCCAAAAUGUUGUGUCUGCAGUUGAGUUGGACCACACACCUAAGAACUGCUUCCCCGAGGAGGAAGAGGAGGAGGAGGAGGGGGAGAGCCUGUUUCUAACUUUACCAUCGGCACCAAGUGAAGGUUCUGCCUGUCGUCACACAAGCACUCAGCAUCGUCCUUGUGUAGUGAAGGAUGGCUGCGCGGACAUGAGGGCGGAAAGCCAGGUGAGAAACAGACGUAACUCAGCCGUAGACACGCAGGACACAGUUGCUAAAACUCCACGUCUGUUUACGCCGAAGACAGAAGUGGCAGGUCAGAGUUGCCCUGAUGAGUUUGCUCCACAUCGUCAGAGUGGAACCAGAAUGUCGGAGGAAAUGUUACGCGAGAAGCAUGGAGUUAGAAGCGAUCACUGGGCUUUUUUUACAGUUAGUUUGUUUGAAGAAGAAUUAGAGAUAAAGUCUGAGAGUCAGCCAUAUUUUGGUGGUUGGCCCCAGGGACCCCAUAAGUUUGUGUGUGAACAGAGACCCAAGAAAGACAGAUCUUGGAGACUGACCCGUCCUGAUAGUGAGGAACAGUGCAUUAAGUUGAUUUCCACUCCUGAAGGCUCGGGAAGCGGCCCAGAAACACCAAUGAAGAAGCAACUGGGAGAUUUGUCCCCUACAGCUGAAAUGGUGGAUUUACCCAGAAACCCAGAAACAGCUAUCUCCAGCACCCGUGUCCCCCAUCCCAACUCCCCAGAGCACCCCUUAGAACCAACAAAGGGUAUACAAGGGGUGCAGAGGAGGAUUUGUGAUUUGUCACCAAACUUUAAGUUACUGGGACAGACUCCUAUCAACCCAGAAACAAAGGAGAAAUGUGACCUCUUAACAGAAAAUCAUGGGCUGAACACUUUUUUAUCAGGGGAAGAUAUUUCCAAAAUAAUCAAUAAAGACGAGACAAAGCCAAAAAUGAUGGUCUUUGACUGUCAUCUGCCACGGUUUUACCUUGACUCUCCUCCAAGUAUUGUCCGGCAGUCUCGCUCUUACCGUCUGUCAUUUAACAGAGUAGGGUGUGCUGUGUAUGUUUACAAAAACCCUGUCCCUUCUCUCUUGCUACAUUAUCUGUCUAGCUUUUGCGUGCUAUCUUUUAACGACAGAAGAGCACUUUUGACAUUCGAGUCUCAGGAAAGCCUGGCUAGGACACUAGCCGACGGAGGGUUUAUUCCCUCGGACAAACUGAGUGGCCAGCCUGCUGCUCAUUGCUCUUUGCGGAUUUCCUCCGAUACUCAGUUGUUAAACGAGAGGCUGGAUGAAGAGCUGAAGACAUGGGGAGUCUGGGAGCCGGUGCACUGCCCGGCAGCUGAGGACAGCCAGGACUUAAUAAGCAGGACCCGUCGGAGCCGUGGGCCGUUACCACAGAGCUGCUUGCCUUCCACCCAGCCAGACGGUGUGGAUCUCGCGGAGUCCCAAUAGGUAAAUCGGUUUAUUUCUGAAAAAUAGAAGUCCAAGCCCAGCAUGGUGAUGCACACCUUUAAUCCCAGCACUCGGGAGGCAGAAGCAGGCAGAUCUCUGAGUUGGAGGCCAGCCUGGUCUACAGAGAGAGUUCUAAGAAAGCCAGGGCUGUUAUACGGAGAAACCCUGUCCCGAAAAGACAAAAACAAAGAAAGAACCAAAAGUCUAGUUUAACAUAUGCAAACACGUUCCGUCGUGGGACCUCUCCUGUGUUAGUGACAUCAUGUAGUGUUGAUCUGAUGGUUGAUCUGAUGAAUCACUGCAGCAGUGAGAGUGAAGACCCAUGGUGAACAGUGCUUGACUUAGCAAGCUGCCAUCCCCUGCAGCGAGUCCUUGUAAAUGUCUGAGUCCCCUGCUGGAGAGAUGGCACAGCAGUUAAAGCGCUGGCUGCUCUUGCCGUGGACCCAGGUUGGGUUCCCAGCACCCAUAUGAUGACUCAACAACCAUCUACUUCUCCAGGUCCAAGGGGUCUGAUGCCCCCUUCUGGCCUCCAUGGGUACCAGGCAUAGAUGUGAUGUACAUACACAUGUUUUUGUUGUUGUUUAUUACGUUGAUUGAUAUGUAGGAGUGUUUUGUCUGCAUGUGUGUCUGUGCACCGUGUGUGUGCCUGGUGCCCACCGAGUGGGGGUGCUGAGAGCCAAACUCAGGUGCUCUGCAAGAGCACUAUGUGUUCAUAACUGUGAGCCAUCUCUCCCACCCCUAGAUAACAUUUCUGUAAAAAUAAAAUUGGGGGGGGGUUGUUUUCAUGAAAAUUAGAAAA